AUGACCACGCUGGCCGGAGCUGUGCCCAGGAUGAUGCGGCCAGGCCCGGGGCAGAACUACCCGCGCAGCGGCUUCCCUCUGGAAGUGUCUACUCCCCUUGGCCAGGGCCGUGUCAACCAGCUUGGUGGCGUGUUUAUCAACGGCAGGCCGCUACCCAACCACAUCCGCCACAAGAUCGUGGAGAUGGCCCACCACGGAAUCCGGCCCUGUGUCAUCUCCCGCCAGUUGCGUGUGUCCCACGGCUGCGUCUCUAAGAUCCUGUGCAGGUACCAGGAGACUGGGUCCAUCCGUCCCGGUGCCAUUGGCGGCAGCAAGCCCAAGCAGGUGACAACGCCUGACGUGGAGAAGAAAAUUGAGGAAUACAAAAGAGAGAACCCGGGCAUGUUCAGCUGGGAAAUUCGAGACAAAUUACUUAAGGACGCUGUCUGUGAUCGAAACACUGUGCCCUCAGUGAGUUCCAUCAGCCGCAUCCUGAGGAGUAAAUUCGGGAAAGGCGAAGAAGAGGAGGCUGACCUGGACAGGAAGGAGGCCGAGGAGAGCGAGAAGAAGGCGAAACACAGCAUCGACGGCAUCCUGAGCGAGCGAGCCUCAGCACCCCAGUCAGAUGAAGGCUCUGACAUUGACUCGGAACCAGAUUUGCCACUAAAGAGAAAACAGCGCAGGAGCCGAACAACUUUCACAGCAGAACAGCUUGAAGAACUGGAACGAGCUUUUGAGAGGACCCACUACCCUGAUAUUUAUACCCGGGAGGAACUGGCACAGAGGGCAAAGCUCACCGAGGCUCGAGUUCAGGUUUGGUUUAGCAACCGCCGUGCGAGAUGGAGGAAGCAAGCUGGGGCCAAUCAGCUGAUGGCUUUCAACCACCUCAUUCCGGGGGGGUUCCCUCCCACUGCCAUGCCGACCCUGCCGACAUACCAGCUGUCAGAGACGUCUUACCAGCCCACAGCUAUUCCACAAGCCGUGUCGGAUCCCAGCAGCACCGUUCACAGACCUCAGCCGCUUCCUCCGAGCACCGUACACCAAAGCACUAUUCCUUCCAACCCAGACAGCAGCUCUGCCUACUGCCUCCCCAGCACCCGGCAUGGAUUUUCCAGCUAUACAGACAGCUUUGUGCCUCCGUCUGGGCCCUCCAACCCCAUGAACCCCGCCAUUGGCAAUGGCCUUUCACCUCAGGUAAUGGGACUCCUGACCAACCACGGUGGCGUACCCCAUCAGCCCCAGACCGAUUACGCUCUCUCCCCUCUCACCGGGGGCCUGGAACCUACCACCACGGUGUCGGCCAGCUGCAGUCAGAGACUAGACCAUAUGAAGAGCUUGGACAGUCUGCCAACAUCUCAGUCCUACUGUCCACCCACCUACAGCACCACGGGCUACAGUAUGGACCCUGUCACAGGCUACCAGUAUGGGCAGUAUGGACAAAGUGCCUUUCAUUAUCUCAAGCCAGAUAUCGCUUGGUUUCAAAUUCUUUUGAACAUAUUGGACAAAAGCAGUGGAAGAAAGGAGGGCCUGGAACAGUGAAAAGACAAAUGCAACAUUUGAAGGCAAUGAUUUAACAUGGCUACACAUCAAAUACCCCGACUCUUCAGCGCUGAUGAUCAAGGAGCCAGAACAUUCCAGUUGUGUGCACGUGCGUGUGUGCGUGUGUGUCUCUGUGUGUGAGAUUUAUCUGGAUUGGUUCAGGCAAGCAGAAUGUUCUAAAAUAUAGCCGGAGAGUACUCUAAACUAUACCAUGUUUGAUGGUCAAUGCUGACACUUAACACAAUUUUGAAACUGCUCCCGUAACGAAGCAGGAAUGGAGGAAUCCUUGACUUUACUACACACUGGAAAUUGAUAUAAAAAUAAAUGGCACCAUGUUUUAGGAAGUUAGACUAGAUGUAAAGGACCUCCCAAAUAAAUUAUUUGUGAUCUUGUCCUCAUUUGUAACCCAGUUGUCAAUAAAGGUCCCGGGGCGGACAGCCUUGUGAACAGGAUAUGGGAUAACGGGGAGAAAAAGCUUGUUUUCUUUCUCGGUGUGGGGAGAGGUAUGGGACAUUUUCCCAGCUCAUUUUCAUUUUGAAGCCAACCUGGCCGGGGUGGGGGGAAGGAAACGCGGUGGAGAGGAAGUGACGAGCAUUCCCACAGCUGCUUAUCGGUGUGCAAUACUGUGUACCUCACGGAUGCUUUGGCAAUGGCCAGGGCCGUAGAAACAGAACCAGAACUAUAUUUUUGCAGGUGCUUUAUUUUCGCAGCCCAUGAUUCAUUGCGGUAGAAUGCAUGAUGUUCGCCAUUUAAUGGACAACCAACACCCGGCUUGCUCCCUUUGACUAGAGACCGUGUUCGAGAAUCAUGCUUUUACAAUGACGACGUUUACAUUCUUCUCUUUUCUAGGAAAGGCAGGGCAAGAGCAGAAGUGUCCACGUGGCUCUCAUGUACUUUUAAAUUAUACAAGGAUAUCCAAUAUGGAAAGAUUAUAGGAACCGAGGUUUACAUACGUUUGUGUGGUGACAUUUUAGAAUGUCAAUAAAUUUGUUUCCUUUUCGAGCUGUUAAGAGGGAUGAGAAGGUGGAAGGCAGUGUUAUUUAUUUCUUUCUCUUCUUGGAACCAUGAACGAGGUAGGCACAAGUACAUUCCCUUUAGAGUUAAGAACGAUGACGUAGUGGGGUAGUGAGACUAGAGGUAGUUCCAGUUUAGUUCAUGCGUUGGUCAUAGAGGGUGAUGGGUCAAGAGAAGUGCUCUCUCUGUGUUGCGGUCUCAGCCAACAACAAUGUGUUGUAAAAAUGUCUUUCAUGUAAAAAGUGCAGUAAAUAUUUACUAUUUAU